AUGACAACUCCCACUCCGGUAGUCACACAAGCUGAACGUCGAGCUAUGAUGGCGGCUGCUGUCGAAGCUAGAUUCAGACCCCCUCCAUCAUAUGAUGAGAUCGCUUCCUCUUCUUCACCUGAUCCAUCCACUUACACUACACCCGCACAACCUAUUCAUUCUCCUUCGGUAUCAGCCCCUGUUACGCCUGCGCAGAGUAGAACUAUCAAUCCAGCCGCUCAAGCUGCUCAAGCUAGAUUUAACGCUCAAUCCAACUCAACGUCAAAUACACCAGCAGUGGAGCAAUGGAAAGCAACCGAAAAAGGUGAUAGAGACUGUAGAAAAGAAUUUGCUAAAAAACUGGAUAGAGGUAUCAUAAGAGACAAUGGUUAUACCAAUACUCUCGAAGCCGUUGAAACACUCAUUAAGAUAUCUGAUAACAUCAUCAACUCACAGGAUCCCAAAUUUCGUAAAUUGAAAUCGUCUAAUAGUAUGCUGAAAAAUAAGGUAUUAGAUGUUAAAGGUGGACAAGAUUAUCUUUUUGCUCUUGGAUUCCGAAGACAGAGUAGUGACUUCAUAGAAUACUGGGUAUUCAGCUCGACCAUCAAAAAAAUGCAUGAGUUGAAGAUCGGUGCGGAAGUAUUGAAAGAUCACCUCAAAUCGCUCCAAGAGAGAGUCGAACUCUCGAAACAAUCCAAAAUUUACGGUGCUUCAGUCGAAGCUUCCAGGCGAGCAGCUGCAUUAGCUGAAUUUGAAGCUGAUCGAGAUUCUGUGCGAGCUCGAGCAGAGAGAGAAAGGAUAGUCAGAGAAGCUAAGGAAGCUAAAGAAAGACAAGCGAGAGAAGAUGAAUUGGCUAAAGAAGCUGAAUUGGUAGCAGAUAGGGAUGACGAAGAAAGAAGGGAAUUGAGGGAUACAGUAGUCAGACCAACUGCGAAUACUCGACAACGAAGUGAUGGAGAUGACGAUGAGGAAGAAGAGGAAGAGGAAGAGGAAGGUGCGGAGUUACCCAGUUAUGCUGAGGAUAGGGAAAGUAGAGGAUGGGGUGGUGCGGGUCGUCGAUUGGGUGGAUAA